AUUGCGGUAAAACCACUGUUUUCAUUUACUAACUGGUAGAACGUUGUUCUGAGAAAUAAAAUAAUGCAAUUCUUCGGAGGAUCGGAGAUCAGUCCGUCGCCUCCUGCUCCGACGGCGACGGGGAACAACGCGCACAUGAUGUACGUCUUCAACAGGGACGGCGUCUGCUUGUUCUACCGGGAGUGGAAUCGCCCUCUGCACACUCUCAAUCCUCCGCAAGACCAUAAACUCAUGUUCGGUCUCCUCUUCUCCCUCAAAUCCCUAACCGCCAAAAUGGAUCCCACCAGUGCUGAGAAAGGAAAUCGUGGGGUUCCACAGCUACCUGGACAAGGAUGUUCAUUUCACAGCUUUCGUACUAAUACCUACAAACUUAGUUUCUUAGAGUCUCCAUCUGGGAUUAAGAUCAUUUUGGUCACGCAUCCUAGAACUGGUGAUCUUCGCAAUUCACUGAAGUAUAUUUAUAACUUGUAUGUUGAAUAUGUUGUCAAGAACCCACUUUACGCUCCAGGAACUCCAAUCAGGUGUGAGUUAUUCAAUACAACUCUAGACCAAUAUGUGAGGAGCAUUGCUUAGGACCUUAAAGGUGUAUUGCUGGCCAUCUGUGUCUUGUUGUCACUUGAUAUGCAAUGUAUUUGUCACAAACUCUCUUCGAUGAGGAUGCAGGUGUGGAUUACUGUCUGGCAGCAGGCAUUUGUCAUACUCAACUCUGCGAGUGCACUUACGAGAAUCGGGUCAGUGAAUUUCAUCCUUCAAUUUUCAUAUUGUUUUAGUGAGAAAUUGACUUUGUAAUGAUUAGGGGUUGUGCAUGUUACUAUCGUCAACACAACAUUUAAAUAACAGAUUCCAUACAGUAAUUUAGAAAGUUGUACAAUUUACUUCAGAUGCUAAUAGAUCAUGCCCUUAGAUACUGGUAGGGCAUGGCCCCUUAGAAUUAUAGUUGUGUUAGACGGGCAUGCUACUGGGCUAGUGUCAUGCUCGGCAUGGUCUAUGUCAAAACCACAGUGCUGUCAUGAUGAAGCUCAUGUAAACGUCUCGGCUAGUAUUGUGCCCAGCAUGGGAUUGUUGAAAAGCUCUUGUAUGAACAAUCAUUUUGUUUCAUAGUUUCAACUUUCUCGUAUGCUGAUACAUGCAAUCAUGUAUCAAAAGGAAUACAUGGUGCUGCAUUGCCUAGGGAACCCUCUGGUUGUAAGCAAAGGAGGACAACUUGAGACAGUUAACAGGACAUUUCCUCACAACGGAUUAUGGUUCUGUUUGGUUGUUAUGUAAUGGUUAUCCUAUGGACAGUACAAGUAAAAUGAAUCCGAGAUG